UACCAAGCAGGAACCACAACUGGCACUCUACAAAGCAGGGACCAUAACUCUCAGUGUGGCCUUCAUUUUUUUUUUGAGCGUGCAAAAACAUCCAGAUUAAAGCUCUUGCCUAAUAAUCGCUGGACAGGAAACUAGUCAGACCGAGUCAGUUGCUAGGGGGUCAAGCCUACAGGAAACAUAUAUUCAAUCACAUGGAACCUCUUCUGAACUCUAAACAUGAUCAUUUUGUUGUUCUCUUUUGGGCUCAUUUCGCAAAAGCAGUAGUGAACAACGGCACUGACAUCAUUUCAACUUUCUGGAUAUAAUUUUUGCCUUUUAACAUAAAUGAACACUAUAACCAUUCAACAAGUGCCAUGCUGAGGAAUCAAACGUCAACCUAAUUAAUCACGUGAUAGUUGCACUGUUUUUUUGAUAAUGACAUAAUGCAUUGUUCUAUUCAUAUGAACACAACUAUCGUGUGCAAUGAAUACUUCUAUUAUAUUACUCCAUGCCGUCAUUAAAUGUGUAUACAAAGUUGUUUGUUGACACUUCUAGUUUUAUACUGCUUGGACUGUGCACGAUGAAGAUAUUCCUAUAGAUUUACAUUGUGGAAGCUUUGCCUAUUUAGUGUGUACUUAGAUUGUAAAACAUGGAGAGACAAGGUUAUGUUCGUGAAUUUAAGUGUUUGUAAAACUAUUUGAAUAACCAAAAGUAUAAGAAACUCAUUAAAUAAUCAAGGAUAGCAUAGUUUCAACCAAACUAUAAAUAGAUCAGCGUGAGAAGUCAGGGAAUUCAUUAUUUUACUAAACAUUCUUCAAUGAAGACUUUUCAAAUUACAGUAUUUCUGCUUUUGCAGGCACACACGGAACUCUAUGAGGCAGCAGUUACGACCCCAAAUGUCAUCAUCCAAAAGAUCUUGCGAUCAAUGACAGAGAAGCAGAAAGAGAAAUGGGAACAAUCAAUGCUCACGUGCAUCAACACUACAUAUACCUUAGAUCCCGAUUCGAUUUACUGCAAUUUCACAACAGACAUAAGUUGUUGGCCGCCCACCAGGGCAGGCAGUACUGCUGAGGUCCAGUGCUUUGAGCAUCAGGUUACAAACACUAAAUACAAAGCAAGCAGAGUUUGCUCUGAAAAUGGAACUUGGUCAAAGGCAAUAUACUUAGACUGUUUUAAACAAGAUCCUAGCGAGACAGAUUUUUGGAGAGAAAGAGCAAUAGUCAAGACAAUAUUCGACAUUGGAUAUCCCAUAACAUGUGUGGUACUGAUUGUUGCAAUUACCAUGUUCCUUUAUUUCAAGACCUUGAGAUGUUUGCGAAAUUUAAUCCACUGUAACCUGAUGAUUGCAAUGUUGAUAUCAAAUAUCAAAUAUAUUCUCUCAUCAUUUACUAAGAUGAAACUUGCGUCUGUAUCGUAUCAUGGUUGUAGAGUAUUUGUGUUUUUUAUGACCUAUUUCAACACGGCCAUCUACUUUUGGAUGUUCGUCGAAGGCGUUUACCUGUUAAGUAUCGUGAUAUGGGCUUACCAGGCACACAAGAUUCGUUUAUGGCACUUUCUUAUAGUUGGUUGGGGCUGCCCCUUGAUAGUGACCAUCAUUUGGGCUGGCUUCAUGGCUACAUACGAUACAGACGAUGUCUGCUGGCUACCUGUACGCAAGUCAAACUGGAAUGAGUUUAGCAUACAUACUAUUAUUGUGGCAACAUGUUCAACACUUUUAGUGAUAAAUGUACUGAUUGUGGCCAUUGUGGUGUGGAUCCUGGUGCGAAAACUGCGCUCAUCUACAACAAUAGAAACACAUCAAGUCCGCAAAGCUACUCGUGCUAUCGUGGUAUUACUUCCCUUGCUUGGUCUACACUUAAUUUUGACCUACGCCUUAGAGUUAAUAAGUCCUACUGUACAAAUCUAUUUUUUCUUCUUACGUAAUUUUCUACAGUCUAUCCAGGGUAUCCUUGUAUCAAUUCUUUUCUGCUUUAUGAAUAACGAGGUGCAGACGACACUACGCCUGAAGAUCAAUGCGCUCAAAACUAGCAGGUCUAUCCAUCGUUACACAGCCAAUAUUUUAAGCACCAGAAGCCGUACCAGCAUCCAACCCGGAUCGUCGGCAGCCUAUAAUGUGAUAGAAAAAAGCCCGCAGACGUCAGUUCUGUCCAAAUGUUCUGUAGACGAACAGGAGACAUGCAUAUCUCUGAUGGACAGCGCAGUAUGAAAAACAGAGAAUGGGUGUAAGACAGUAUAGACAGAUCUGUGACAACUUUUUCAUUCAUAACAUCUCAUGGCUCAAGAUUGGUGUCACAUCCACUGACCAGGUCAAAGACACGCUGUGUCUACGUUGGUCAAGAGACUACACGCAGAAAUGGACUAUAUUGUCUUGAAUUCCGACAACGGAAAAUGUAUUGGUUCAUCUAAUAAUUCAUCGUGAAGAUUUCUCUGUUGAUUGGAGGAGGCUGAGCACUCUCUGGCCUAAUGCUCCAUAGGUUGUUUUGUCGUUAGACUGAUAUUAAUAGUCGAUACUAGCCAAUUAGUGUUAAAAAAAAAUGUUUCCACCAAAUAAGUUUUAAAAAAUGACGGAUCUACAAUAGAACUUCAAGGUAACAGCUGGAAAUGUACAAUACAAAAUCCCAUUAAACUAAACAGCUAAUAGUUUCACUCGUACACUUUUCAAAAGCUACACAUGAUUAGAGCAUUAAUGAAUAGGAACACAAUUAAAAAAGGAAAAUAAAACUAAGUGACAUAAAUUAUGUGGUCGGCCUCUUCUUGAAACCUUCAAUUAGCGAAUGAAGUGAUAGCGGAGCAUUGGUAAUAUUCUUAGAAGUAGAGUGUGAUGUAAUAUGUAAAUGUUUCUAUCUACUUCGACCACAACCUCAAAAUAUAUUUCAGGUACAAUAAGGUUGACAAAAAAUGAAAAAACAAACAUGGAGUUCUUUCUUUGUUAUAUUUCUAAUACAGCAUGAAACUUGUGCCAGAUUUAAUAAUACAUAUAUCUAGUUAUGAAACCAGAAACAUUCAUAACUAGACCUAGAAGUACAUAUACUUACAAAAAAAGUUUAAUUGGUGCGGUAUAUAUAUUGAUUUUUUUGCAACCCUUUCUAAGGACCGCCCAUCUCUCCUCUCUCUCCCCGUUAUAUAUAUAUAUAUAUAUGUAUACAUACUUAAAUUACAUAUUGAUGUAGACCAACUAAUGUUAACUAAAAAUUGUUACAUUUUUAUUUUGACCUUCAACUUUUUAAAACAUUGUGCUAAACACUUGACCAAAGUCAAAAUGAAAAAUAAAUGUAUAUCUUCUAUUUUACAAAAGAAAACCUUUAUCUGUCACCACCUGUGUCUGCUGUAUUGCUUUAAAGUUGUGCGUAUUUUGUUGACAAUGUAUUGAUAUUUAAAUAAGUUUUGGUGUUUAAAAAUUUUACAAUACCUUUACACUUUGGUCAUAUUUCAUACUUAAAGAGCAGAUAGGAAAAUAUUUUUUUAGUAAUGUACAAACUAUACUACACACGAUAGAUAAAAAAUCAAUUCUUCUGGAUUUGAGCUCUUAUGGUAGACAGGCACCCACUAAUGUAGUUCUUGGAUGUGUUGCACCCACUAAUGUAGUUCUUAGAUGUGUUGCACCCACUAAUGUAGUUCUUGGAUGUGUUGCACCCACUAAUGUAGUUCUUAGAUGUGUUGCACCCACUAAUGUAGUUCUUAGAUGUGUUGCACCCACUAAUGUAGUUCUUAGAUGUGUUGCACCCACUAAUGUAGUUCUUGGAUGUGUAGCACCCACUAAUGUAGUUCUUGGAUGUGUUGCACCCACUAAUGUAGUUCUUAGAUGUGUUGCACCCACUAAUGUAGUUCUUAGAUGUGUUGCACCCACUAAUGUAGUUCUUGGAUGUGUUGCACCCACUAAUGUAGUUCUUGGAUGUGUUGCUACUUUUCCUAUUUUAAAUAGAUAUGAAUAAGAAUGGCGACUUGAUUCCUACAGGUUCUUCUCUCCUAGGCGUCCUGUUUAGUUUACGUCAAACAUUCAUGAAAAGAUCCACUGCAUUGACUCUAUCAAGGAGAAUAACUCAGAGGGGAAGUUCAGAAUUAGUUGUUUACAAACUCGCAGUCACGGCAUGAGCAGGAAAAGACAAUCUGUACAUUGAAUACAGUAGAAUAGAAUUAUACGUUCUCAAACUGAGCGCAUCUUUCCAGACAGCACCAUGACUUCUAUUGGACAUUGUUUAUUUAAAAUUUUGAAAUCGUUUUGUAUAGAAUGUAAUAAUGCUAAUUUCAUAAACCCUUUUUUUCUUUAUCGUACUGGAUUAAUUUCACAUAUUUUCUAGAUAUAAUAUGUAGUGCUGAUACUACACAGUAAAAGCAUAAUGUACGAUAAGAUCAUUCACUAGUGUCAAUUAUAAAUAUUUUUUUUUUCAUUUACUGUUCUUCUUUUGUAUUACUCUCAUGAUUACUCGCUGGUUCAGUAGCAAGUUCCACUCUGAAAUAAAUGGUGCAGGGGUUUCUAGAUCAAAGUGCUCUCCAGAUAUAGCUCUAUUCUCUGGGUAAACACCCACAGCCUUUACACAUCCUAAAUUAUCUGCAAGGCAGCAGUUAUUUAGUUUAGGAGUUGACGCUCCUAAAUUAAUUUCAUGAACAAUAACCGCUGACGAGAUGUACAUGUUAAGAGAUUUUUAAAAUCAUUUCCUGAAAGACCAGGAAAUCGGUCGGCUCGCGUCCCUUUGUCUUCUGCCCAAGGUGGUCAGAGGAUAUGAAUGGGAGAUUAUCGGAGCUCGGCCAGGUCAAGGGAGAUUAUACCUUAAUAAGACUAAGACUAAGACUGCUUUAUUGAUCCUUACGGAAAUUCGUUGUGAUUACAAGGACUCUUUUCUCAUAUAAAGACAACACAACAGAAAAAUACACAUAAAUAAUACAAAUAACAUAAAGAGUUCAUUCAGCGACUACACACAGGUAUCUUGGUGCAUUUCAUGUUCCCUGAUCAAUGAGUGGUGGUGAUAGAGUCGGACCGAGAGAGGUACGAACGAGUUUUUGUACCGCUCCGUUCUUGUUUUGAUAGACAGCAGUCGCCCACUUCGCGACGACCUGACGUAGUUCUGAUGGAGCGGGUGGCCGUUGUCUUCCUAGGUUUUUUCGAUUUUUCUUAGGCACUUGUGUUCCAAAAGUUCCUUUAAAUGUGGUCAUGGUGUGAGUGUCAUUUUUGAUGCUUUUUUAAUGAUGUUUUCUAGACGUCGCAACAGUUUAGAUGAGGCGUUGCCUUGCCAACAAGUUAUUCCGUAUGUUAGCAGGUUUUGAAUAGUCGCCCUGUAAAAAGUCUCAAGGAUCUUCUUGUUUAGUUUAAAGCUAUUGAGUUUGUAUAGAAAAAAGAGUCGCUGGGAUGUUUUCUUUGUUAGAGUUCCAAGGUGGUCUUCCCAUGAAAGCUUGUUUUUGAUGAUAACGCCUUGAUAUUUAUAUGCCUUUACUUGUUCUAUAGAUGUAGUGUUUAUUUGCAGUUCACGUAUAGUUUGUUUUUUCUUUCUAAAAUCUAUUAUAAAUUCUUUAGUUUUUGUGACAUUCAGUUCUAGAAAGUUGUCGGUGCACCAGUUUGUAAACUCUUCUAUCGAGCUUCGAUACUCAGUUUCGUCUCCUGAGAUAAGACCGACUAUGGCAGUAUCAUCAGCGAAUUUAAUGAGUUUAACUGAGUCAUAGAUGCUUCUUAUGUCAUUAGUGUAAAGAGUGUAUAGUACAGGAGAAAGUACACAACUUUGUGGAGCACCCGUACAUAGUACUCGAGUUGACGACUUGGUGUUGUUGACUUUAACAUACUGGGGCCGUUGAGUUAAAAAGUUUAGAACCCAUGCUUGUAAAUAAGGGCUUACAUUUAAGUUACUGAGUUUGUUUAUCAUUAGAUGUGGCUGUAUGGUAUUGAAUGCAGAGGAGAAAUCUACGAAGAGCACUCGUGCAUAUGUUUUGGGUAUAUCGAGAUGCUUAUAAAGCUGGUCCAAAAGCAAUAGAAUGGCAUCCUCACUUCCUCUAGCUGCUUUGUAUGCAAAUUGGUGAGGGUCUAGGCUGUUGUUGACUUUUGCUACAAGUUGUUUAAGCAUAUAUUUUUCAAAACAUUUCAUAACAAUAGGUGUUAGUGCUACUGGGCGGAAAUCAUUUAAGCAAUCUAUCUAGACGAUCUGGGAGAUCGCCACCAUAUGUGUUGAGUUGAAUGGGGCUCUUUGAAGUGACCAGCCGCUUUCCAAAAUAGAUAUUUGCCAAAAUAGAUAAAGGGGAGUGUACCCUUGUCAAGAGUCCAGUGUGGCACGUGUCAAGAUGGGGAAGGUAGAAUGUGACAUCUGUGCUUAAGGGGUGUGGGGCUGGAUUGGAGUGGUGGUAGCUGUGUCUUUAGCUCUUGAUGGGCUAAAUUAGUAAGAUUGAUGAUUAAUAGCUGGUAACUGAACUAAUUAAAUGCUUAGGACCUGAGUGAUACCUUGAGAGAGCUAAAACGGUUUAUCACAGGAAUAAAAAUUUUAUUUGUUAGAUUCAUUAAUGAAUUAUCAGGGGCUGUAAAGCUGAAUCACGUUAAAUAGUGGCCCUGCAGUUAAAUAGUAGCCCUGCAGUUAGACAAAUAUUUUACUCAGUGGCGAGGCAAGAUCUAAAUUUGGUGUGGGGGGCAUAUUUUACGAGGCCAUCUUGUGAAACAAACAUCUAUAUUAUGAAUAACAAAAAACUUGUGACUAUCACAUUUGUAUUUAUAAAAAUGCCAUUAAAGAGAAACUUUAUAAAAAGAAAUGAAACCAAAAUGUCCUUCUUUUAGCCUUCUUAGCACUCUCGUAGUUUAUCCUGGAAGCUAUAUUUAUUUCAAUAGAUAAAAAUUGACACUGUACAAGUAGGUCCCAUUUAUUAAAUAAUAUAAUUUAUUCAUUAUUAAUUAGCAGUUAUAAUUUUGAAAAGCUUCUUUCUGCGGAGGCUGUAAUUAUACAAAAUAAGAAUGACAAUGUAGACUAAUUAUUUGAAUACAUUUCUUUCAAGUUAUUUUUUUUGUAAUUAAUUGGAUUAGCUGCAUUGUUAAUGAAAUGAGGUAAAUUAUGGAUUAAGGUUUCAAAUUCUCCAAUUAUUUUAUAAGGUUGAAAGUGUCCGUUUUCACCAACCGCAUCAAUAUUUCCUCUUUAGAAAUGUUUUGAGUUUUCUGAAAUUACAAAGAAUCAGAAUUUUGUACUUUAUUAUAUUACCAUUUACCGUGAAUGUAUUGAAUCCAUAUGGCUAAUUAUAAAUCUAUUUCAUUAUGGCUUUUAGGGGGAUUAUAUUAUUUGAUCGCGGCCUAUAUAAUCGAAGCAACUAUUUCUUCUGGGCUUCCCUUUUAUUUAUGAACUCUUAGGCCAGAUAAUGUGUUUUUUUUUAUUUCUCAAAUCUAGUUUCUUCUGAUCCAAUGAUAACAUAAAGUAAUACUAAAACAUAAACAUAUCGCAAGUGCAUUGGUUGUGUCGCCGUUAGUAUUAUUAUGUAAUUGUUCAAUUGAGAUGUUAAAGGGAAACUCCGAUGGUUUGGACAAUUUUUGAUAUAGAUCUAAUAUGUGUUUUGAUUUACAGAUAAUGAAUAUAUGUUUCUUUUUUUUUUCUUUGCAAUAAUAACUUAGUAUUUGAUGUUUUUCCGACGUAAUUUUCCUGCGCAUCCAAAACAGUCAGACUUUCACCGGGUUUCUAUGUGACGUCACAAAUGUGUUUUAAUCUAUUGACUUAUUGUAUAACAGGAGACCAUAAAGCAAAGUUUUUUUCUUAUAAAAGAAAUAUAUCUUCGUCUAUGCAGUUAGAUCUAGAUCAGGGGUCUCAAACUCAUUUCAGCAUGUGGGCCACAGUGGAAAGUAACAACCAAAAAAAGAAUGUUUUUUAAUUAAACUUUACGAACAAUACUGUCACUGCAGUUAAAUGCUAAAAUAAAGUUUUUAUAAUUAUUAAUUAUAUUUAGUGUAGUUUAUUACAUGCACAGGCAGUUUAGUUUACCAAAAUAAGUUGACGUUGUCUCUGUCACUAAUUAAAAGCAGAAACUGUAGUCCCCCCCCCCUACAAGAAAAAAAAGAACAACUAAAAUUACUAGGCCUACUGCAGAUGGCUCGUCACUCAUGUUUCUAUCCACUCAGCUAAGAGCGUUUGGCAGAGACCAGACCAUCGACCUUAGGCCUGAUGUCGCGUGUAGUGGCAAGCCGCAAGGUUGCUCUCAGAUGCUCAUCAGUCAGUCUUGAUUGUAAUGCUGCUUUGAUCUUCAUUCUGGAAAAAAAAAACUGUUUGCAAACGUACGUACUCCCAAACAUCGCUAGAAUUCCAGCAGCUGCGCAGAAUAAGUUUUGAAACUUCUCUCUGGGAAGAAACUGGUAGAAAUCUGGAAUACCAACAUCAGCGUAUUUUUGCUUCAGAACAGUGUCACACUGCAGGUCAAGUAGUUCCAUCUGGACUUCCUCUGGAACGUUUUUUAUUUCCACUGCGAACGGAGUGG